AUGAGACCUCCUCGAGGCCGUGGUGGUGGUGGUGGAUUUAGGGGCAGAGGUGAUGGAGGAAGGGGUAGAGGCAGAGGCGGUGGCGGUGGAGGCAGAGGCGGUGGUGGAGGUAGAGGUAUGAGCCGCGGUGGUGGGCGCGGUGGUGGAAGAGGCCGCGGUGGAGGAAGAGGAGGUGGCAUGAAAGGUGGAAGCAAAGUUGUCAUUGAACCCCACAGACAUGAAGGGAUUUUCAUAGCCAAGGGUAAAGAAGAUGCCCUUGUCACCAAGAAUAUGGUCUCUGGUGAAUCUGUCUACAACGAGAAGAGGAUUUCCGUACAGAAUGAAGAUGGAACAAAAGUUGAAUACAGAGUUUGGAACCCAUUCAGGUCAAAGUUGGCGGCUGCUGUUCUUGGUGGUGUUGAUGACAUAUGGAUUAAACCUGGUGCUCGAGUGUUAUAUCUUGGUGCUGCUUCUGGGACUACUGUGUCUCAUGUCUCUGAUGUUGUUGGCCCUACUGGUAUAGUGUAUGCUGUGGAAUUCUCUCAUAGAAGUGGCAGAGAUUUGGUCAACAUGGCAAAGAAGCGUACUAACGUUAUACCCAUCAUUGAAGAUGCCAGACACCCAGCCAAAUACCGGAUGUUGGUAGGCAUGGUGGAUGUAAUAUUUUCUGAUGUUGCUCAGCCAGAUCAGGCAAGAAUUUUGGCACUUAAUGCGUCAUAUUUUCUCAAAGCCGGUGGUCAUUUUGUUAUAUCAAUCAAGGCCAACUGCAUAGACUCUACCGUUCCAGCAGAAGCAGUGUUUGCAAGUGAGGUGAAUAAGUUAAAAGCAGAUCAAUUCAAACCGACCGAGCAAGUAACUCUCGAGCCAUUUGAGCGAGAUCAUGCCUGUGUUGUUGGUAUUUAUCGGGCGCCAAAAAAACAGAAGUCUGCUGCGUAGUUUAAACUAUGGGAUGUGGAUUUAAAAGGAUGGUUUGGUUUCUAGUUGUCUGUAGUAGUAUAUCAUUGUCUCUUAUAUAGGUUGUAGGUGAGAUCAUGGUUAAAAUUAGUAUUCAGAUAAAAGCUUUGUUCUAUUUUCAUUUUGUUGAUUGAUGAUAAUUGGAGAAGGGCGAUGCUGUUCUUUUGCUGACAUCGCUAUUAAUUCCGAUCUUUAAGCAAUGUUAAUCGCUAGAUUUUGUGUUUUGAUGUAUAAUACGGAUGGCAUUUUACUUG